CGCGAUCUGCGAAGUGCGAAGAGGAUUUGUCAAAAAAAAAAAAAAAGUGCGAAGAGGAAAGUGAAAGCGCGAACCUUGAAAACCCUCUUGCUACAGCUUGUGCUUCCAUCGAAAGGACAAAGGUGUGGUCCGUUUGCUUUUCGCUCUCUCUUCUUCCAUGUCUUUUCCUUCACUAUCUUGGAGCCAUUCGAUGAAAGGCAGUUCCUUUAUAAACUACACCUUUAUGUUUUUUGAUCGAUCAUGUCGGGUUCAGCCCUUUUCUGCUGUUCUAUGUCUAGGCUUUGUACGAUUUUUUGCUGGGAUUGAGAAAAUUGGAAUGAAUUCGGUUUAAUUUGAGUUUCUGGGUUCUGGGUUCGGCUUAGUAGUGAGAAAUUUCGGUAUUAUCAAUUGGUAAACUUGCUUUCUUCGACUUAUGGUGAACUUGUUUUCGGGUCAUCAGAAUGUCGGGAGAAGAGGAAGAGAAUGCCGCCGAGCUCAAAAUUGGAGAUGAGUUUCUGAAGGCGAAAUGUUUGAUGAAUUGUGAAGUUUCUUUGAUCCUUGAGCACAAGUAUGAGCAGCUACAGCAAAUGUCAGAGGACGCUACGAAUCAGAUGUCCCAGGUUUUUGAGAAAUCACUGCAGUAUGUAAAGCGCUUUAGCCGAUACAAAAACCCUGAUGCAGUCAGACAAGUGCGAGAAAUCCUAAGUCGGUACCAGUUGGCCGAGUUCGAGCUCUGCGUUCUUGGUAAUCUUUGUCCUGAAACUGUGGAGGAAGCGACAACAAUGGUGCCAUCUCUAAAGUCAAGGGACCGGUCACUCACUGACGACGCGAUUGAAAAGAUGUUGAAUGACUUGUCGUUGAUCAAGAAAUUCGAGUAGAAAGGGCGCGUGCUUAUUCUUUGCUGAUGAAGUCCAGUCCGAGGAAGAGCUCACUUGAAAAGAGUGGUGCAAAAUUGUUGUAGUUGAGUGUUGGUCACAGACGGAGAAGGAGCGUUGUUUCUUUUUUCCUUCUGUUGUACUACGAAUCACUAGUCCGAAACAUUUUCCCGAGUAUGUGGAAUUGUUCUCGUGCUUGGUGGAUUUUAGCUUAUAUAACAGAAUGAAUGACAAACUGGAUGCCGAUUCUAACUGAGAUGAUGAAGUUGUGUAACAGAAUGAAUGAGAAAGUGGAUGAAGUAUUUUAGCUUACAUGAUGAACUUAAGUAACAGAAUGAAAGACAAAUUACAAC